AGGUCGACGUCUUUUCCUUUGGGGAGUGGCAGCAGCUUGGCCCUCGUAACAUCCCUCGUCCACCGUGUAAUUUUGACGACGGGAAUAGCAGGAGUCGACGAUCAAGAAAGUGUUACGCGUCCCUCGUGACUGUCGCCCGGCUGAUAAGGGCUAAAUGAGAGGCGAGAUUUGGGCUUCCUUCAUGCAGGUGCCGCUGGGGCCUGUUAUUACUUCGUCAGGUAUGGACACUCGAGCACUGGAUUACAUCUCUCCUAUUAGGUGAGCGACAGCGGCCGCUUGACAGAAUACAUGCCUAAUUGAGCGGGAACAAAGGCAAGUGGCAGUGAUUUAUGCAAGUAACAAGGUCGCAUGAAUAGAGAAUCAUGUGAAGUGAAUAAAAACAAUGUCGAGGCGUCCCUUGAGGAUCAGUCACAACCAUGAAUUGCGUUUCUCACCAAUAUGGACCCAGCGUGCCCUGCGAGGCGCCACUACGCAUACUGUCCCUAGCGCGUGGCUCUGUGGCUCAGUGUGUGCCUUCCCUUGGCCGCACCACCACACCACCAUGCAAGGAAGGAAUGAAAGUGCGUGUAAUGAAGGUCCUCCAUCCACUGCCAAGACUGAAGAACCAGAACGCAACGAAACCACGGAAACACGAGACAGUUUUACAGCAUCACUCUGCCAUGCUAAGGAGGAGUCAGCCAGUUACUCAGCCAAUCAUUCUGUCAGUCAGCCAUCGCCACAGGAGCGGGAAGUAAUAAAGGAUGGAUCCAGAUGUGCCGCGGUCCACAAUUACGUCACAUUCUCGAAUUACGUCAUAAGAAGGCAAUUUUUCCAAUCUGGGCCGCGUCGCCACACCUGCUGGAGUCUGAGGUGAAGGAAAUGAGGCGACGCGUGGUGCAGGUGUGACGGAGGAAUGGAUGAGGCGGAGGAAUUUUUUUGACGGGUGUUGAAGCUUUCAUGGCAAUUUGACCGUAGAUUCCCCCCUUUUUUUUUGAGAUGAAGAUUUCUUUGGGAUUGUAAAAGAGCUUGAGAGAAGGAGUUGCUAUAGAUCUUAUGGCUCUAUAGCUUCCUGGCAAUUUUACAGUAGAUUCCUUUUUUUUUUUUUUGAGAUGAGGAUUUCUUUUGGGAGUGUAGAAGGCAGCUUAAGGGACGGGGUUACAAUAGAUCUGCGACUGUACAAGCGUUUAAGGUUACUUUACUCAAUAUUUUGGUUCAGAUAGAAAUACUGCACACAGAAUGAUCAGUGUGGGAAAUCUUCUUUUUGAGUUUAAUUUCAGGCCUGUAAAAGCGAUGAAAAUAAAGCUCCUCAUAAGUAAAGAAGUUAGGUUUUCACUUUUCUGUAUUCUAUCGCCUGCCUGAAAGAAUGUCUAGAUGGAAUGGUCAGUAUAGGAGCUUUUCUUAUUAUUUUUAUUUAAGGAUCACUUUUAAACUUUAUAGGGGACGAGAAGGAAAAAAAGGUCGGAUACUGGUAUGAAAGAAAUGGAUGGUAGGACCUCUUUUUGAUAUCCUUUCCCUCUUUUUCCUCAAAGCUCUCAGGUCUGGAAGAAAAGGAUUGAUGUGGGAAUCGUGUUUGACGUUGUGAAUGCCUUCCUUAAGUCUUCUAAGGGCGUUGGGGAGAGGAUUGACUGAUCUUAAGGCCUUUGAGACUGUCUAGACAAAACAGAUAGUGAUAGCUUGAACCAACUAUUGCAUUAUUAUUAUUAUUACGAUUUCAUUCAUGCAUUCUUUUAUGUCUCAGUUCUUGACUUUCAGACGACCCAGAACAAAACUAAAAGGAAAAACGACAGCGGGAGUGAAUUAAGCAUAAUAUUCCUAUUUCCUCAGAGGUAGCAAGCGGUGUAGGAGGGAAAUGUUUGUGGUGUGUUAGAGGAUGACAUUGCUAGUCGCUUGUGAUAGCAUUGCGUCAUCUGGCUUGAUAUUACAGCUUGCAGACGCGUGUAAAAGGAAGCGGUGGAUUGAGGCUAUCAUUGGUAUCGUCUCCCUCUGUUUCAUUGUUUUAAGUCGAACCAGCGAGGAACUGGUUUGCAGCAGGAGGAGGAGGGAUGGCUGUUCUUUCCGGUUGAGGGGCGAAACCGCGACAAGACAAAAAUGAAUAGAAAAAUAAUGUAGAAGAAAAAAAAAAAGUGAUUCUAUAUA